UUUUCCCGUCUUUUUUUUCUCUUUUUGUUUUCUCUAUAUAUAAACAGCCCUUUACCUCACUUACCGAACAUUAUUAUUUUUACUUACUUCACUCCUUUAAAAAAUGUCUGAUCCCCUCCAAGACAUCCGACAAUUAUUCGAUUUAAACCUUGAUACUUUCAAAGCUAUUGUGGAUGGUUUUAAAGCGGAGUAUGAAAGUGGCUUGAACACAGCAUCAGCCGCUGGACUUGCUACGAUGAUUCCUUCCUAUGUUACCACAUUGCCAACAGGAAAAGAAAAAGGCACUUACCUUGCAUUGGAUUUAGGCGGAAGCACGCUUCGUGUUUCAGCUGUGGAACUUUUAGGUGACUGUAACGUCAAAGUCACAGAAAUUCGCCGUGAUAUCGCUCCACAUGAUCCUUUACGUACAAGUGGAGCCACCACUUUUUUUGACUGGAUUGUUGACACUAUUGCCGAGUUGAUUUUAAAAAUUGGCUACGAUACAGCUCAUGCAGAUGAGCCACUCUCUCUUGGUGUAUGUUGGAGUUUUCCUGUUGAUCAAACAAGUGUAUCCGCAGGCAAAAUUCUUCGUAUGGGCAAAGGAUUUACUAUAGAAGGUGUCGAAGGCUAUGACCUUGCCGCUUUAUUUUUGGAAGCCUUUCAACGCAAAAACGUCAAUGUUAAAGUCACUGCUUUAUUGAAUGAUACUGUCGGUACAUUAGUAGCUCACGCUUACACUAAUCCUGAUACCCGAGUUGGGUUUAUCUAUGGCACUGGCGUUAAUGCUGCAUAUCCCGAGCUAGUGUCUCGUAUGGUUAAGUUAAAAGAUCAACAGUCCAGUUAUGAAGAAGGUACCACAAUGCUGGUCAAUACCGAGAUUGACAUCUUUGGAAGUGAUGCGUAUUUGCCUUUAAACAAGUUCGAUCGUCAACUUGAUGCUAAUCAUUCCCAACCGGACUUUCAGCUUUAUGAAAAGAUGAUGUCAGGCGCAUGCAUUGGUGAAUUGGUUCGAUUAGCUGCUUUAGAAUUAAUUGAAAAAAGUCAAUUGUUUAGUGGUCAUUGCCCAACCCAAUUUGCGGUUGCCUUGGAAUUUGGCACUUCAGUGACAAGUGCUAUUGAAGGUCGCCUCGAUAGUUCGGCCGAAGCACGUUUUGAACAUUUCAAAGAACAUUUUACUUUUGAAGAUGGCUAUACAAUUGAAUUGAACGACCUUGAAAUCUUUACAGGAUUAUGUCAAAUUGUAUCUGAUCGUGCAGCAAGAUUAGCUGCUGCUGCCAUGGCUUCUUUAAUCGAACAGCAGGAUGACUUGAUUAAUGGCAUUGGACCUAUUGUUAUUGGUGUGAAUGGAUCUACCUAUGAAAAAUACCCUAACAUGCAUGAUCGUAUUCUAUCAUCUCUCAAAACCUGGUUUGGUCCUCAGGUGAGUGAGCGUAUCCAAUUAGAAGUAGCUACAGAUGGUGGAAGUAUUGGUGGUGCUUUAAUUGCCAUGUUGGCCGAAAAAGAAGAAAAGAAAAAGGCCUCAACCAAAAAGGCAAUUCCAGCUAAGAAGACCCUGCCAUCCACAAGUAGGGCCGCUCCCGUUAGCAAACCUGCAUCGCCUUCUUUCUUUGGCUGCUUAUUUGCUUGGUUAGCCCCACUUAAAGCCAAGAGAGAUCAUGUAUCAGAUGUUGACGAGACUAUUGGAAUCAAAUCACAAGAAAAGAUCUAAAACGAGUACUAAUUACAUCACAAAUGAAACCCUUUUACGACAAAUCACUUAAUUAAUUACAAACCAUUUUAUUCGACUUUUUACAUCCCCGUUUUAUGGGGU